AUGAGCGAGAGAAGCGAGCAAGACUUAGCCAUGCCUGUGAUCGUUGCAGAAAAAGACACGUCAAGUGUGACGGAGAUUAUCCCGUUUGUGGAAAUUGCAAGGCUGCUAGCGGAGAAUGCAGCUACAGCCAUCCCGGAAGCAAGAGAGAUUGAAAAAGUACUUACACGAUUUUUAGAAGGCGUAGACGGUCAAGAGCACCCCCAGCCUGAAAUAAAUAAUAACUUGAUGAAAGAUACGCCAGCAGCGUCUACUUUUCACAUGGUUAUCCAUCCAGACAGCAAUGAGAACUUAAAGUCCAUUCUAGAGCAAAUGUCUGCUUUAGACAUUGGGCAGGAUUUAGGAUCAAAAGUCUUGCCACCAAAGGACUUGGCAGAUACUUUAAUUCAGGCAUAUUUAAAAAAUGGUUAUACUUUUCUUAUGCCCAUAAUACAUAAACCGACGUUUCUUAAACAGCUCAAGGACAAAAACAAUCAACCCUCUUUACUUUUGCUAAAUGCUAUAUUCGCUGCGGGCAGUCUUUUAUGUGACGAUCCACGUACGCGGUCUGACGAGAACGAUCCUAAUACAGCGGGUGACAUAUUCUAUCUUCGAGCUCAAGAGUUGUUUGACGAUUUUAUGGAUGCACCCCGAUUAUCGACAAUUCAGGCUAUUCUUAUUCUUGCACAUUUUAUUAUAAAAUCGGAACGUAAUUCAACUCGUUUGUGGAUGUACGUUGGAGUGGCAAUGACUAUGGCAGUCGACCUUGGGCUAUAUAAAGAUUCUCACGAUUUACCCAUAAAUAGAGUGGAGAAAGCGAUGCGCAACCGAUUAUUCUGGGCAACGUUUAAUUGCGAAGUUAUCUCAUACGCAUGCUUUAGAAAAGCUCUCCCUAUACGCGAUUGUGAUCUUCGAUUACCAUACGAAAUAGAGGAAGACGGGGACGAUGCGGCCGAGAUAGUUAAUUUUAUGCACCUUACCAAAUUAAUGAAAAUAUUUGCAAACGUAUUGCAGUCACGUCCGUAUGUCUCCCAAACACUUAAUAUACGCAAUACUCUCCCAGCACUGGAUGCUACAUUGAAUUCAUGGCUUGCGAGAUUGCCUGCUCAAUUACGAUGCGACCAUUUAUCCGUGGUGGAAGAUCCUGAACCGAAGAGCAUUAGCACAUACGUUACUUCCCUUCAUCAAAUUUACUACACCGCUCUCAUACACGCACACAGACCAUACAUUGGAUCAGACAAAUACCCAAACAUCGAGUCGAAAAGUAUAUGUAGCGAAGCGGCUAUGAAAAUCACUCGAUUAGGCAGCUGCUUGCCCAUGACAGAGAGAGGUACUUAUUUUACGUAUAGUCAUAGCGCAUGGGCUCUUAUGACAGCAUCAAUGGUCCAUAUGGCAGAUAUGGCAGAUCCAGAAACGUAUACCCGUGGAGAUAUAUAUACGCAAUUGACAUUCAAUCGUCUAAGGGACAUAAGUAAUAACGCACGUUUAACUGGUGGGAACUGUGGUUUAGAUGGGACAAUAAAGGUAUUAGAACAAUUAUAUGAUGAUGCCCUGAAAUCUCUAGGAAAACACGAGACGUCGAGUGAAGCGGACGAGAGCAGGAGCACGAUUAGUACAAACAGUUCGAACAACUCGAGUGGUAGUGACAGUAAUCCUAAUUAUGAUUCUAGUGGUAGAUACGACAACACGAAAACAAUUCCAACGCCUCCUCAAACCGCGUUGGACUCUAGAGAUGCUGAUAUGAAUGCUCUCAAGACCGAGAACAUGAUAGAUGCUAAUAGCAAUGCAAAUAUAUCGAGCUCAAAUUCAACUUCGCCUAUAAUAACGGUUACGAAAACCGACACCACAUCUAUUGCGCCAGAUGCAAAUACGUCACAAGGACAAACUCAAGGACAGAAAAGAGAGCAGAUUAGAAGGCAACCGGCACAACCUCAAUCAAGAAGACAAGAAAAUUAUGCUCAAUAUUUAUCAAUAGGCCCUACUGAUUUAAAGACUAAUCCAACUCCGGAACCGUCUCCUAAUUUCCCACAACAUCCCCAAUAUCGUGAAUACUCUCAGUCCCAAGUAUCAAAUGCUGACAUUGCAGGUCAUCUCGUGAAUCUUCCAAUGAGUCCGCUGGUGCUCAAUGACAUGGCGCCGAUGUCUGAAGCUCCAAUUGUUCCGUCUUCGCAGAACUUUAUCACUAGUAACAAUGGAAUGGAAUAUGCUACUCAGAGAAAUGAUCCAUAUUGGGAAGUAAAUUGGAGUAUGGAAGACGAUCACAAUGAUCAUACCCAGGCAUCUAACACAGUUCAGCAUGAAAUAAAUUAUCCAUACAAUGGUCAUCAUCAGACAUCUCCGCCUAUAUCUUCGACUCCAGGAGCUACCAGUACAUUAGCGGCAAUGGCCACGGUGGCUAAUCAUUCACAAAUCCAUCCUGGCCAGGCAUCACAUUCCUUCUUGAUCUCUGACGCUGCGGGGGGACCAAUGUUACUGAGCAAUGCUAACAUCGUGCUAAAUAUAGAUGGACACGAUAUGUCACAUGUAAUGGGAAAUUCACCAGAAAAUGCGAAUCGAAGGACAAAUAAUCAAAGUGGCGAAAGAAAUCCGAAUGGGAGAGGAUUCGUAAAUGGACAUAAUGGAGGGAUAGAUAAUUUUUCGAGCGCAAUGUCGAAUGUACAAAUACAGCAUGCACAGCCGAAUGCUCUACAAUAUCACCAAAUACAUGGUGUUGUUACACAAAGUGAAAUCGAGACAAAUGAGCAGCGAUGGUUUGUUUAUAAACAAUAA